AUGUCCAUCGAUUUGCCACUCAAAGGCUCCUUCACCCUUGAUACCUCUGGUGUCAUGGGGUUCUUCGGCGGGGAAGAAGCGCUCUCCGCGAUGGCCACCGUCCAUCUCUACCGCGGCAGACAUUGGCUUGGGUGGUACAACUCCCCCGGAAGCUAUACUGUUGCCAAGAAAUUCGGCCAAUUAGCGAAAUCUCGAAUAUGGGAUGGCAUCUUUCCAGGAUCGAGUGUCACGCCUGAAGAAAUGUUUGGGCUAGAUGGGAAGGAGGGACCUCGCUUUAUCGGGGUGUUCUCCGGCACAGAUAUGACGGUUACAGGACACCUCGCAUACCUUACGGCCCAAAAGGCAAAGGAGACCGAAUACCAGAACGUUCUCAGGGGAAGAAUAACUACACCAGGGUCGGUGAGCAUCAUAGAUGUCGACAACGUGGAAUUAAAGCAGGGGGACAACGUACCGACGGUGAAAGUUUUUCAUGCCCUGUAUGCUGCUAUACCCAUCACCAGCAGUCUGGCAGCGUGCCUCACUUGUGCAUUUAUUCGCGAUUGGUUCGCAUUUGGGAUGAUCCUCCUGGGCAUGGUCUCGAGUGGCCUGUCUUGCUAUGUCAUCGGUUCAGGGAAGCUGCAUUUCAAGCUUGUCAAACCUUCGUCGUAUGCACCGCGGGGAGAUGGAUUUCUUUUGACGCACAGCGACAUUGUCAUCUUGAAAGGCGCAGAGAAAGAGGUGACGUCGAUAACCAAGGGCCAACUCGCGUUGGACAUGGGUAACAAUCAUGAUGAAGAGUUCAACGCCAUCGGAAUCUGCUCCCUCUUACUCCUGUCGCAGUUUCUUACUCAACUUCUCCUCGUUCCUCAAGCAACACUAUUUGGCCAGAUCAUGUUCCUGUCGUCGCUUGCGGUAUCUUGGGCAUACAAUUCGUUUCUGUCGUCACUGGAGAAUGAGAAGAUUCAGACAGAUAUACUGUGGAACUCACUCAACAGUCCGCUAAUAACAAAAUCUGUGCUCCCAAACAGAACGUCGCAAGCGGCGUAUGCAUAUUUCAAGCCGACGAAGAUCUUGGAGUACAUGAUCCCAAAUGAUACGAGAGUAUGGGAAGUAUGGAGGGCACAUGUGGCGAAGCAGGUGUUGAGUAAAGGGAGAAUAAGAGAUUUUGGGCUAUGCCAAGAACUCAUAACGGACUUGGAAGACGAGGAACAGCAGCUCCUGACGCAACUACUAGCAGACGCCGAGUACGGUUAUGGAUGUUACCAGAAUAUUAGUAACCCAUAGCUCGAGCCUUAAUACCCUGGUUAACAAUGUAAAUUGUCAGUAACUUGAUUAAAGUACAUAUAGGGAUGACAAAAAGUAUAAUACUAAAUGAUAUUGAGCGCUCCGAUUGCAAAUUACAACCGUCAUUCAGCCUUUAUGAGGGUCAACUGCUGGCGGUUACUACUGCUAAAGCAGAAACACAGCACAACUAGUGACCUCAGGCUGUUGGGAGUGCUUGGUUCGUCUUUGCGCAGAGACUAAGGAGUGCGAGGAUCAGCACGCACCUUCAUGAUUUAGCUUGCAUCGACCGCGGGAACAAGGUACGUUGCCCAACCGAUGCAGAUGGAACGAGGUGGAUGUUUUCAGUACUUUAGACCUCAACGCUGUACUGAAGGGAACCCAAACACCUUCAACAGCGUUCGUGGUGGUGCAGAAAUUGGUCUGUGUAUGCACAGCCACCUGCAAACCACGAGCCUG